GUCAUAGUUUUUUUGAUUGAAUAAGUGGUUGCCAUAGAGAACUAACAGGAUUCCUUUUUAAAAGAAAGUAUUCUCACAUAAACCUGUGCUCAAGUGCAGAAAGCACUUUGAGCCACUGGCACUGUUUCUCUACAUUUUUCAUAUUUAUUUUACAGCAGAUCAAACUUUUUCCCAUAUUUUUGAAAGAUGAGCUCCAUGUGCAGGAAAGUUUUAAGAGAGGCCCUGAUGCUGGGAGAGCUGUGCGACUUUGUGAUCCAAGUCAGCGACAGAGAUUUUAAAACUCACAAAAUCGUCCUUUGCAACAGCAGCCACUACUUUUGUGAACUCUUCAACAACAACCCAGAAAUGAAAGUCUGCUGCCUCCCCGAUGUGUCUGCCAAUGUAAUGGCUGUCAUUGUGGAAUACGCCUACAGCCAGUCUCUCCACGUGACAGAGGAAACCACACAGUUGCUGAUGGAGACAGCAGAGUGCUUCAAGAUCUGGAGAAUUGUCUCGGACUGCAGUCUCAUCCUUCAGCAGAAUAUUUGUACCAACAACUGCAUCAGCAGGAUAAUUCUGGCAGAACACAUUGCCAACACUAGCCUGUGGUUGAAAGUAUCUUACUUCAUCCUGCGCCACUUUGAGGAUGUUGCAAAAUCUUGUCCAGAUUUCUGCAAUCUCUCUGAAGGGCAUCUGAAAUAUUUUAUUGACAACAGCGAGCUAAAUGUGAGGGAGGAGAGGAUAGUCUUUAAGGCCAUGCUUCGCUGGAUCAACUAUGCUUCAAAGGAGAGGUGCCGUUUCUUCCCUACACUGAUGAGCAAGGUUUACUUGUCCCAAAUGCCUGCUGAGUACUUGAUUAACACUGUGUGCCGAGAGACUAUGGUAAGAAGGAAUGCUCGGUGUGCAGCCAUGGUGACCAGAACUCUGAGGGCACUCUGCAACUCCUACUUGGAGAGACCUCUAGAUAGGGCCCGCAGCCCUGCUGAAGUUCUGCUGGCUAUUGGACACAUUUCGACGAUCUUCUAGCCAACGUCAUCCAGGCAUACAACGUACAAACCAACUGCUGGAAGGUCGUGUGCAACAAAAGCAUCACUAUGCCAGAGUUCAGUCGAUGUGUCUACUGCAUUGGAGGAUUCACUGAUGACAGCUGCUUAAGCAGUGUGAUGAAGUUCAGAAUUGCCUCGUGGAUCUGGGAAGAGGUUAGGUUGAUGCAUGAGGCGCGGGCCGAAAUCAGCGUGGUUGCUUUGAAUUGCUUUGUGUUCACUUUAGGGGGUGGAAUUCAGAUGAAACGCUGAACUCUGCAGAACGGUUCGAGCCCAGCACAAAUCAGUGGACUUUCAUUGCACCGAUGGAA